AGAGCUUGUGCGGCGGGGGCGGCUGGCGGCCGGCCUGCCUCCUUCGUUUGUCUCGGGCUCUCGGGCGCUAGUCGCUCCGACCGCGAUCGCACGCGCGCACGUCGCGGCCCGCAUCGCCGGCAAUUCCACGCUCGAUAACGCGCCAUAUUCGAACACGACACUCGCUCUAGCUACAUAAUCGACUAUCACUUAAAGUAUAUACGAUAUAAACCUUUGCAAUCAUCGUGUUGGGCUUUUUGCCGACCGAAACGGUCGCAGGAUCCGAACCGGCCCCGCGACCAUAUGAUCCGCAUUGUACCCGUCUGAUCUCCGACAACAGAGAGCAGUCACGAUGUUUACCGAUUGAAACUAUCAAAAAGUGCACUCGUCUUUGUGUAGACAUCCGUGUGAAAUGACUCAGUGACAGAGAACUUUCUAAGUGUUUGUGCUGUGACACGAUUAUGUUGGAGAUGUGAAUGUUGUCAAGUUUUAAGUUGGUGUUAUUUGGAUAGUGCGAUGGCCGGUACUAGUGAGGAGGUUGGAGGCGCGGAGGCGGAGGGUUCAGCGAUGGAAGGUCGCAAGCGUGGCCUCAGCGGGUCCAUGUCGCUGCGGACGCGCAAGCUGGGCCGGCGGCUGUCACGCAGCAUGUCAAUAGUGGCGUUGAAGCUGCCGGAAAAGGCUCAUAGCAUUACGAGAACCUCCUCCAAGCUGAUGCGCACCGGUAACCGCGACAAGAAGAAUCGCGCUUUCGAGUUGUCUAUCAUAUUACCGGACAAAACUCAGAAACAGGUCAUGGUCUUGGGACACAGUACGGUGGCCGAGGUAGUCUGUGAGCCUCUCCAAGAAGCUGGUGCAGUGGUAUCUGGUCUCCCCACGGGGCCACUUUCUGCUCCUCAAUCGGUUCCCUUAUCAGGGCCAUUGCCUCCUCCCUCGCCGUUGUCGCCCUCUGCCCCACCAGCAGCUUUGCUGUUCCUAGGCGGUUCAAAAGCCCCAGUGGACCCAAGAGCAUCAGCCACAUCCCUCGAGGGGGAAGUCUUGGUGGUAGAAUAUCAACCUCCGCAAUGGGACGGCAAUGACCUCGAGUCGUUCAUUGCAUGGGAGAAAAUGUAUGCUACAACAUUGUUUUCGGCAGUGGAGUUAUAUGGAAAGCCAUUACUACGAGCUGCUGUCAUCACUAAAGAGGAAUUUCAUUUAUUAUUUUAUUACUUACAAUCAGUUUCGGAAGCUAGUGAAUCACUAACUGAACGAAUGAGGAAAUACAUUGACUCGGGUCUAUUAAUAAGUGAAAAUAAAACAAAAGAAGACGAUACUGUAUCUGUUUCAUCAAAAAAAUCGUUGCCAGAAGAGGAGUCAAAAAGCAUUUUGACCGAACUAAUUCAAGAGGGACUUAUAUCGCAACAUGAUAUUGAUGCGGUUUCAGAAAUAACUAGCUCAGAUUUCAAUGAACAAGUGUCCGAUAACCGUAAAUCUGACGAUGACAACGGUUCCAGUAUUUCAUCAAUAAGUGCUGGUUUACGAAAGGUCGUAGUUGACAUACCCAUAGACUGUAAUGAAUCCAUAGCAGAUAGUUCCAUAGUAGAAUCAAAUGAUAAUGUGACAACUGUGACGAUCAGAAGUGGUGGACAAUGUUGCGCAGAUCAUAGAAUAUCAGCGGAUGUAACAGAAAACGUUUGGGCAAAUGUGAGAUGGGAUUUUUUGAAUCCAAACGAUUUCGGCUACGAUCAAGUUCGUAGCGUUAAAAGAUGUCGUUCUGACUCCGCUAUAACACCCGUGGCUCAGAGGAAUCAUGAAAAUGAGGACAUUUAUGAAAGACUGCGUGACGAUGAAGUAGAGUCUAGUGGUAGCAUAACUCCUUACGAAUCAAUCGAAGACUUGUAUGAUCGUAUCAAAAAUACGCCGUACGCUAGCGCAGCGGUUGAGGAAUCUUCACCUUCAACUGAAAGCCAAUCUGAGCCGCAAUAUCCUGAUUACUACGAAAAGUCGAGCACUACUCGUCAGAGUUCCGCUAGCAGCGAAAAAAGCGGCGCCUCAUCCGCGUUUCCAUUUUCGAAAUGUGGUUCGAGUGAUUCGACGAGUGCGUUUGCGUCGUGCGAGUCGACUAGCGGGAUCAGUACUUUCGCAACGAAAAGUAUCCCGGAGUCACUGAAGUGUCGUGAAUUACCACCACCACCGUCGGAGGGUGAAUCCAGCGAGAGCGCUAUUCUAAUGAAGCAACUGUUUAUGGGAGAAUUAAUGGAUGCUUAUGGAGAGUUCCUAUCUACGUAUCCGUUUGCACGUGCUUUAUUAAGACGGAAGGCGCGUCGAGAUGAGCACUUUACUGCACUUGCUGACAUCCGUAGAGGGGCUGCCAAGUACACCAUUUCUGAAUAUCUGGAAUUACCGAUCGAGCGUUUGGCGCAAUACGAACGGUUAGUCGGAGGUGGAUGCGGGCGGAGGCGAGCAGCGCGCCUGUCCGACCUGGAGCGGGUGCAAGACCUGUUCCCUCAUGACUACCUCGCGCUGCACGACGCCGACGCGCCCGCCGCACUUGCCUCGCACCAUGCUCAGAAAUCGAAAAGUCUUCGCAAGCGACCAAGCUUGGAUAUCGGUGGAACUGUCAGCGCCAGCAACAGUUCCUUAUCACCGAGAACCUUCAUAAUGGAUUCUCCCGUACAGCUGAAUCCUUUAGGAACAAGUUCCCCACCGUUAGACCGUCAUUUGUUCCUAUUCAGCGAUCUCUUGCUUGUCGGGAAGUCUCGAGGCACAAACUGCUUUAAACUGAAAGAGAGUGUUAGACUGGCUGGAGUUUGGCUAUCCCUGCCAGACAACGAUGACACAGGCUUCCUUAUUGGAUGGCCUACGACUAUAGGGGUUGCUAAUUACCUCGCUACAUACCCAACACAAGCUGCUAGAGAUACCUGGUACAGAAAAAUUCAAAGUGCUUUGAACACACAACUGGCGACAGAACCAAAGUCAACAAAUAUACAAAUCUUCUACAAAGACAUGACAAGCUCGAUAGAAUUCUGCAAAACAGUAUCAGUUGGCCCUGAAAUGAGUGCCCGGUGUGUAAUACGCCAAGCACUGAACGUAUUUCAAAAUGGUGGCAAUGACGAUGGCGAUGGUGAGGGAGAAGGAGAGAAUGAAGAGAAUCGCUGGGGAAAUGCCAAUGAGUUCACUUUGUUAGUGAGAACCACAAGAGAUUCACCUCCAACACCUCUACACGGAAUCGAAAGACCACACUCAAUACAGAUGUCAAGAAUAAGGCAAACGUUAUCUAAUGAAGAUGGCUUCGACUUAGAACAUGUCAACGCAAAGAAUAAUCCAUGCGGGCUUGUUUUCGAGUUGAGAAAGAAAAACCAGGGAUUAAAAAAUGGAAGUGGAACGCCAGGACGCGGACUACGCCUGUUGCGUCGAGGCGGGCGCUUGUUCGGCAUCGCUCUGACUAGACUCUGCAAUGGCACGCCACCGCCCGCGCUUCUCCGAGCUCUCACCCGAUUGAGGGUAGUUGCUCCUCUUACGCACGGCGUGUUCCGUCGAAGCGCCAACGCUAAAGCACUGCGGCUGCUGAGAGAUAAGAUGGAUGCCUUAGGUCCAUGGGCAGAGUCGUGCGCUGAGCUAGAACGUGCACCUGUUUUGCUAUUGGCAGCAUUGGUGAAAGAGUUCUUCCGCGCUCUUCCACAGCCGCUACUUUCCGCGGAUCUUUAUCCAUCCUGGCUACAAGUACUUACAUUGUCACAAGCAGAAAAGGUACCAGCAGUUCGUUCUCUAUUACUGAAGCUGCCCAAAGCCCACUACACCAUGCUGACUUACUUCGUAUGCUUAUUACAAGCCAUCGCGAAGAAGUCUAACAUCAACCUCAUGUGUCCGAUGAACCUCGGUGUCUGUGUUGGCCCCAGUUUAUUAUGGCCCAGUGCGCCCUGUGAGAAAGCUCCCAAAGCAGUGCCAAUGGUAGUAGAACUCCUUAUAGUGAAAGCCGAAGCUUUAUUUGGACCGCAAAUAAGCGGUCUUCUUGGAAACGGUAGUCCUGAAUCUUCCAACGCUUUACUUGAUUCCGGAGCUGAAGAAAGUGACAGUCUACAUUCGGUCGGUAUCUCAUUAGAUUCUAUGGAGCUGUCUACCCCACGUAAAGAAAAAUUGUCUCUAAGUAGAGAUUCAGGAUUAACUCUGUCAGAAGACGAUUCAAACAGUAACGGUGGAAAUAGCCCUGCACCUAGAAAUAUUUUACAUAGCCUCUCAACACCCACAUGUAAUUUACAAGACUCAAAAUUAGGUUCACGGUAUAAUAACGACAACCACAAUGUGAAUGGCCUUCCCCAAGUGGCACAAAGACAAAAUAUUUAUUCAAAUAAAGCAGAAAUGUACAGUACUGUUAAUGAAGAGUUAUAUACUACGCCUUAUACUGGAGAACGUUACGUUCACAACUCGAUAAACAUUGGAAUCUCUAACGGCAUUGACGAAAGAAAUUACGUUUCCAAAACUGCACUUCAAAGAUCCACAUCUGAUAUUUAUGGACAAUGCCCAGCAAAAUAUAUUACUGGUUUAGAACCCCAGAAACCCCCAAGAAGUAUGUCAAAAGCUGCAAGAACUUCAAAAGUUUACAGCAUGUUUGCGGAAACGCAAGAAAUAGAAAAAAAUGUACCCAACAAAAAUUUCAAUAGAGCAAAAAGUUCUGACAACCUCUUAGAAUCAAAGCAAGAAUCGAUAGAAAGCAAACGCGAUUUGGUUUCGAGUCAGGAAAAUAUUGUGUACAGCAAUAUACAUGAUCUUGCUAUGUUCACAGAAAAUAUUCAGAGGCAGCAGAAUCAAUACCAAUCUCGUGCCGAAAUUACUUCUAAUUCUAAUAUGAAUUAUUCUCGCGUAUACUCCGGGUGGGAAAAUAAGGGCACAAAUUAUAAUAACAAAAACAGCAGUUGCACAACUGAAAAUGUUUACGGACAGAUGAUGAAUAAAAAGCAUGGAGAGUCCUCGCAAAACAAACAAGAUGGGAAGGGAACAACACCGGCAGCCACCAUUUUCACAAGAAAUGACUGGUCUCGUCAAGCAGCGAGGACAAAGAGCUUAGAUGUUAAUGACGAAGUGCCCACUAAUACAGAGAGAUCUCGGAACGAAAAUUAUGAAGUGAACGUCGUCAAUAGUUGUCGAAAGAGGCGCUUCGACCCAGCACACAUGUGUACUAAGAGUUGCACAGGAAUACAGAUUAAAACUAGAGAACAAGAAAAAACCUUGAAUCCGCUUCAAAAUUCUUACUCUUACGUCGACGAUCGUAUCGGUAGCAAUUCUGAUGAGAACAAAAAAUGUAGGUUGAGAAACUACAAUAAUAAUAAACUGAACCAAUCCAAAUCAUUGGCAAACAUAGUAAUACAUACUGAUUCCAGCAGCAACGACACACUAUACCAACCACAGAACUCAUUCAACAGUAGAUCUACUGAGUCUCCUGCAAGCGAGAACUCCUUCGAGAACUGUUACACGACGCAGUACAUCGAGCCUCUAUACACAUCUGUCUACAACCGCACAAGGGAUAUAUUUCACGAAGACAAAUAUAAUAUGUUUUCUUCAGAUAUAUACAAAGCGACACCGACUGCCGUGCAACCGGAGUACCGCAAGCCGGAAGAGCAAAAUAAUAACAAGAAGCCACCACACAUGCCACCACCUGUACCGCCACGGAAAAUGAUCUACCAACGGGUAUUAAAAAAGUUCCAGCCAGUUCAUGUGAAUAAAGACGACAAGUCCACACGUUCCAAGUCCGUGCCGCGUCUCUACCCGACCAACGGUACUGAAAAAACUCAGAACGGUAUAGCUUUAGACGCCUCAGAAUCUGACACAGAAUCGGAAUCAUACGUCUGAGUAAGACAUAAUUAAUAUGAAUAAUAUUACGGAAUGAAAUUUUUCGUGUAAUUUUACACAAACUAUGUCGUAUGUUUAAAUAAGUUUCGAAAAUCAUCACACUCCCAUGUUGAGUAGUAAUCUCAUUUGGUAUACUUGUAGUGGUUCGAUUCGUCAUACGUAUAAUAUAUUACUAUAUUAUAAUUUAGAACGCUUUGUGUGCGUCAAAGUUUAUUCAUGUUGUAGAUUGUUUUGUGAAUCCCGCCGGAACGUUAAAAAUGUGUGACCAUAACGAGAGUUGUUUUGGUGAUGUUAUUCCAAAGAGGUAAGAGUAGUUUCAAACUUAUUGAUAAUAUUAGAUUGAUGUUCCAAUGAGAGUUUGAUUUCUAGAUGUUUGUUUUAUUAUGUUAACGUCGCCAAUCGAUAAAUUUUAAUAAUUAAUUAACGUAAUUGAUAUUAUAUGUAUUCAGAAAUAAACAGACUUUUAUGUGUCAUUUAAUUGUUAUAAGAUAAAAAUAUUAUAUUGAUUUAAAAGAAAACUAUGACUCUGUAUAUAAUGUAUCAUAAUGUACCUAAACGUACUAAAAUAUAUUAAACAAUUUUUAAUGAUGAA